GACUAGAAGACUGCCUCCGGGAGAGCUGAGAGAGGGGAAAGGAGGAACCCGCCAAAUCUUUAGCCCCUUUGUUGGGGGAGGGGUAGCUUGGAGCCCAGGCAACAGAGAACGGGAAUGUCGUCCCGGUGAUGGCCCAGCCCCCAUGGGGUAGGCAGCCCCCUGUGCCCCGCUCUCCUGGCCAGGGUCUGAAUAGGCUUUCCACAGCGGGGCCGGGGGAACUACUCCUGCUAAGUGCGCUUUUUCCCAGUCCGGCGAUGGGCGGCCUCGGGGAUGAAGGGCCCCGGCGGCGGCGCGCGGAGGGGAGUGUCCCUGAAGGGCUUAGUCGUCUUUCCCACCCCUGUCCCGCUUCUCUGGCCUUUCCUCCCGGCGGGCUUCUCCGACCUGCCUUCUGGCCGCCGGAACCGGGGCAGGCGGAGGCUGAGCCAAGAGCGGGAACUCGCCCCUCCCCGCCUGCAGGGCCACCGGGACCGCCGCCGGCCAGCGCGCCCAGCCCCGCCCGCGCGGAGAGGGCGCGCUGGUUGCCGGGCGACGACCACAGGCGCGCGCGCGAGCCUGGCCGGCAGGGAGGCUUCCCGGUUUAGGAGCAUGACUUCCAAGAAAGCUGCCGGGAGGAGCCUAGUGAAAAAGGGAGCCAAGCCGACGUUUCCAGCCAAGCCGUCCGGAGCAGCCCCUGGGAAGCCAGGCCCCCAAACAGAUGGGGAAGAGGCAGCCCCAGAAGAUGACCUUUCCCACCGCCAGGAGUCCCGCAGCAGCCAUCCCAUGGGCCCAAGUCACGAGGCAGCAGCCGCGCUCACGUUGCAGUGUGCCUUCCGUCGGAUCCUGGCCUGCCGAGAGAGAAAGCGAAGACUGAAGCAGCGACGGGAGUAUGAAGAAUUAAUGGAUCACCUCCAAAAGGAGGCUUUUGUCGCUCUAGUGAAAAGAGAGCAGGCAGAAGCUGAGCGGGCACGAAAGAAAGAAGAGGAAGAAAAGAAGCAGCAAAGAGAGGAGCAGCAGCGGAGAAAACGGAUGCUGGAGGCAGCUUUUGAAGGAGAUGUGGAGGAGAUGAAGGCCGUUCUGAAAGAGGUGGCGGAUCUGGACACCAAGAACGGUGUGGGAACAGAUGAGAAGGGGAAGGUUGUCCGGCUCCAGCAUCUCCUCAACAUGGUGGACUGCACGGACGCCAACGGCAACACCCCCCUCUCUGAGGCCUCUGGAGGGGGCCAUCCCGAAGCCAUCCGGAUGCUGAUAGAAAACGGAGGCAAUCCCAACAGCAGGGGUGCCUUUAACCGGACUCCUUUGUACCGAGCAGCCUUUGGGGGACACUUGGCAGCAGUGGAGCUGCUUCUCCAGCACGGAGCUGACCCUCGACUCUAUGCUGAUGAUGGCAACACACCGGAGCAGAUUGCUUCUCUGGACAGUGUGGUGGCCAUCCUGAAUGCCUGGGACAUCACUCUGACGGACACCAUGCUUCAAAAGAUGGAGGCUGAGCAGCAGCGGAGAGUCCAGCAGAAGCAGAGGCACAAGGAAGCUGAAGUGCGCCAGACCACCGAAGCCGUGGAGCAGCUAGCCAAGGAGCACGAGAGAUGCAGCAGGGAGCUGCAGCAGGCCUACGCAGAGCUCAACCGACGGAUAACGGAGCACGACAAGUGCCAGCGGAAGCAGAUGGGGAACAGAGAGCUGACGCUGCACGCCAUAGCCGAUGCGGAAGAGCUGGUGGAGACGUUGCGCCUGGCUGCUGAGGAGGCUGAAGAGAAGCUGUCCCUGGCCCGCCUGAAGCUGCGAGAGCAAAUGCAGGAGGGUUCGCCUUCCGAGAUUCCGGGCCUCACGUGCUUUGUGCAGGAGCUGGACGAUGUGCUGAUGAAAGACGUGGGUGGGAAAAUGCAGGCCGACGGGCGCUGGCCCCUGGUCAUCGAUCCCUCUGGGCAGGCAGCUAUUUUCCUGCGCUACCGUGACACCAACUACCUGAACACUGCCACUCCUGCCGACAUGGCCGUGGAAGCCAUUCGCCUGGCCUUGCUGGGGUCUCUCCGCUAUGGAAAGCCCCUGGUCUUUGAUAUGAUGGAACUGGACAUGUUUGACACGGUGAAAAAGCAGUUGGAACGGCUAGAGACGGGCCUCACUCAGGCCCUGCUGAGCAAGAAAAUCCUUGGGAAUGAAAGCUCUGUACUGCUGUGACUCCUCCCCCACCCCCAGCUGGGUUCGCAUAAGGCACUUCUGGACCCCUAACCCCAACUCCCUGGCAGAGAGGUGGAAAGGUUAGCAUCCCGCCAGCCUUGGAGUUUCUCUGCCCCCAGCGUCCCACAGCGUUCCUUGAGGCUUUGGCCGACAGGCUGACCCAUCGCCACCCCAAUGGAUGAAGGGGAGCACCCCACUUGCAUUCUGCCAUCCUCACCCACAGCCACACUCGGGGAGACAGGUGGUCCCAAGGGAGGGGCUGUUUGAUUGCUCUGCCUCACCUCCACCUGUAGCACGGGGCAUUGCCCACCUGAGAGAGCACCGCGAGUUGCCAGCCAGGCCCUCCCCCGGGCACCAUCUUGUUCUCAGCCGGUGGCCCCACUCUGCCCAGAAUGGCCGGGCCUUUGGAUCCCUUUUCCUCUGUCUUGGGCAGGUAUCGCUCCUUACUGAGGCCAACAGAUGGACCAGAAUAUGCAGAGACUGAGUUUCAAGUUGCUCGGAUCGAGAAGUUCAGGCUCUUUGUGGUCACUAAGCGCCACCACCCCCCUGAAGACCUGCUGCAGACCCUCCUCCCCGU